AUGGAGUUCAAGAAGGAGUUCAUUGAAGACUUUUUCAACUCCAAUGGAAUAUCCAAAGACACCUUAAAUGAUUUUAAUAAAAAUCAAGUAUUAUUUCAUUCUCUCAAUGAUAAGGCUGGUAGAUUACAGAAAGAUAUCUUAGAGCUUAGAAAAGAAGUGAAAACCUGGGUAGACCAUAGUCAAGGAGGAGGACAAUAUAAAUCGACUUUAGCAAAUGUGAACAAGAUUUAUCCAUCAAUAGAACCUCCCACAAACCAGGAGAAUGAUGAAACAUAUCAAGAAAUGUAUGCCAUAGCACAUGAAUACAUUAAUGGUUGGAAAGCAUCUAUAGAUAAGAUGCAAGAAUGCUUGAAAAUAUGCGAUAAACUUGAAAAUAAUAUCCUGAAUAAUAAUUCGAAUCAAAUUCAUGACCAACUUGCAGAGCUAUAUUCAAUAACUAAAAAUAUUAAUACGACAAAAGUUCAGAUAGAAUCGAUUUUCAACAAAUUUUUUCGGCGAAAGUUUUCUACUUGGAGAAGUGACAAUCCAAUUCUUGAUAAACUCAUUUGUGAUUCUCAACUUUCUAUAAAGUAUCCUAAUGGAUACAUAGAAUGGAUUCCUUAUGAACAAUUCUCUAAUAUUGAAUUAGAAGGUAAUGGCGGAUUUGCAAUUGUAUAUAAAGCCAAUUGGGGUGAAGGAUUUGGCAUAUGGAAUUAUGCAAUUGCUGACACAGUUGAAUCAAAAAUUGAAACACAUUAUGGUGUCUUGCCAUAUAUGGCACCGGAACUUUUACGAGGAGAUGCCUAUACCCAAGCGGCUGACAUUUAUAGUAUUGGAAUGAUUAUGUGGUUUCUUGUUACUAAACAGAAUCCAUUUGUUGAUCGAGCUUAUGACAUCCACUUGGCUCUUGACAUAUGUAGUGGUGUUCGUCCAAUAGUUCCUGAAGGAACACCACCAGAUUAUAAAGAAUGGAUGCUAAAAUGUUGGAGUUCAAAUCCUCUUGAACGACCAACUUCUAAUGAUUUAUAUCAGAAA